AUGGCUAUCAUCAUCAUGAUGAUCCUCUCAGUUGGUAUCGUCCACAAAGACAUCAAGCCUGAUAAUAUACUGCUUCGUGGGGAUGAUUGGUCCUGGGGUCUCAGGGAUGCGGAAGAACAUGAAGAAGGGAACGACCUGACGUCAUCCUCCUCCUCCACUGGCUCAAUACCGCAUCUUACUUUAUGUGACUUCAAUACGGCAGUAAUUAAAGCAGAUCCACGCGAUAUGGAGAUAUACGAUGCCUUGGGCACAACAGCGUUCUCCCCUCCAGAAGUUUUCUUCGGAAAGGGGCUAUGCGGGAAAGCACGAGAUGUGUGGAGUGUUGGAGUUACUUUCUUUACGAUGAUGACAGGUAGACUGCCAUGGAGACCUACUGGUCAAGAGUCGACUCCGAGUAGCAACCUCACACUGCAACUGUCAAUUCUAAACGAUCCCUUACAAGUGCCGAGUGGAAUCCCUGAAGCUGCUCGGAAUCUCCUUGAGGGGCUCCUUCGGAAAGACCCCAGUCAUCGAAUUACUACUGCAAAGGCUCUAUUGCAUAAGUUUCUCGCAUACUCGACUGAACGCUACAUGUUCGUCAAUCCGAAUGCUCGCAGUUGUAGGUUGGGAAACACACGAUGGACUAGCUCGGCAUGUGGCCGAAUGAGUUACUUGCAAUUCUUGCAAGUUACCGCUCGUCUCAAGCUAACAGCACUUCGAAUUCGUGUUAAUGAUCGAUGA